AUGGCUGGUAAACUUCAGGGAAGCGAACUGUCGCCCCGUGCGGUGAGUACCAGGAUUGUUGCGUUGGCAUGGUGGUUCUUCACGCUUGUUCUUAUCUCCUCGUACACCGCCAAUCUGGCUGCCUUCCUGACAACCCAACGAAUGGUUUCUCCGAUCGAAAGUGCUGAUGAUUUAGCGAAACAGACAAAAAUCAAAUUUGGCACACUCGGCCAUGGCUCAACAAUGACUUUUUUCAAGGAAUCGAAGAUCGACACUUAUGAAAAAAUGUGGAAGACAAUGUCAAAUCAGCCAAACUCAUUUGUGAAUUCGUCAAAAGAAGGCAUUUUGAGAGUGAAAAAUUCCGAAUACGCCUACCUUAUGGAGUCCUCGAUGCUCGAGUAUGCUGUUGAACGUGACUGCUCACUUCUCCAGAUUGGAGGCCUCAUUGACCAGAAAGGCUACGGAAUUGGUCUUCCUAAAGGUAUGCAUGUUUUUGACUCUUGA